UUAGGAUUGUUCUGAAUAUACUUCUGUAAAUGAACAACCUAAUCUUUGUCCCCCAUCCCACCAGGAGUCCCCUCUGAGUCAUAUCUCAAAAGUGCUUUUUUCUGAGUGCAAUUUUUUUAAUCGAUUUGUUUUCUAAUGACUUCACGUCAUUGCUUUUUAUUAUUAUGCGUGCUUUUGAAAUAAUAAUUCAAAAUACAAGUGUACUGCAAUGUAUGUCCCAUCAUAGAGACUCUAGGCCAUCUACACAGAAAACAAUAGCUUUCAAUUUGAGACGACAACAACAGCGCUAACACAUGAAAAGGGGAACUGGAGGAGAUUCACUUCUUCAAUUCACAUUUCAUCAUUUUGCAGAGAAGCACAUUGUGAGGGCCAGCCAGUUUGUUCCCCUUGACUUCAGCAACAAGGUUUACUUGUAUUUUAAAGGCUUUACAAUUCCUAGAACCUAGUCUGAGGAGGAUAUCUUUACCUGCGGUAACUUCACGACACACAAGACGGACAUUUUUUUACAGUUCAUUUGCAAUUUUACAAGAAAGAUUGCACAGUGCCACGUCGCUUUUUUUAAGGGUUUUUCAAGUUUUUCAUAAGAAAUCUGAACAGUACAGGCACAAUGGCCGUCAUACGAUGGAUGCACUUGCUGCUGUUCUCCCUGUGUACCCAUCAUGAGAUCCAACCUGCUGCAUGUAAACCUACAUGGAUGAGAGCACAGUUCCCUUGUGACGUCAGAGCCUACAAUAACUCAGAGGUCCUAUUUGACUGUCAUGACCGUCGUCUGUAUAUGGUACCUCAUGGGAUAACCGCUAACGCAACUGAACUUAACUUGUCAAACAACAACAUAGGGAAUAUUUGGGCUGAUUCAUUUUCCAACCUGUCGAAUCUGACUCGACUCAAUCUCGGCUGGGCAAACAAGAAAGAAAACAAAACUGUGACGAUUGCUGCGAAUGCUUUCAAAAAUCUGACGAAACUUCAACACCUGAUGCUGAUGUGCAUCGGUCUGACAGAGAUUCCUAAGAAUCUCCCUCUCAGCCUGGGAACCCUAGACCUGAGUGUUAACAAGAUUACUUUGCCGGAAAAUUGGAGCUUUAAUGGCUUAAGAAAUGUGACUCAUUUGAUGUUAUCCAGAAACUGCUACAGCGGGAACCCUUGUGGGAAAUCUGUCAGGAUUAGGGAAGACAGUUUUGCAGUCAUGCACAAACUGCAGCAUCUGGACUUGUCUUCCAACAACUUAACAGAAGUUCCCGUUGGAUUACCCAAUUCAUUAAUCAUGUUGAAGCUGGGUAAAAACCAAAUCCAGGCCAUAUCUGGAGACGCUUUCCUGGGGCUACCAAAUUUAGAAGUUCUGAAAAUAGAAGGGAACUGUCCAAGAUGUCAAAAUGCUCCAUUUCCAUGUGUUCCUUGCCAAAAUGGUUCUCUCAGUAUCCAUCUUAAUGCUUUUCAGAAUCUCACAAAGCUUAAAACUCUGAACUUGGGUGGAAACUCACUGGACCACCUGAAUCCCUCCUGGUUUGAGAGUCUAAGCGAGCUUAAAGAGUUGUUCCUGUCCUUCAACUUCUUAUUAAAAACAAUAACUGGCGAGGCAACGUUUCUAAGACAUCUUCCAAAAUUAGAACUAGUUGAUAUUUCUUUCAACUUUGCAUUAAUGCUUUACCCUGUGACAAUACAUCUCUCAAAAGAGUUUUCAAAACUCUCAAAUCUCAGAACUUUGCAUUUGGAGGGUUUGGUCUUUCAGAAUAUUGGAUCGCACACGCUCAAAUCCCUGUACGGUCUCUACAACCUGUCUGCCCUGAACCUGGGGACUAACUUCAUUAUCCAAUCUGAUUCCAAUAUAUUCAAACAAUUUCGCCACCUGAAAAUGUUAUACCUCGCAGAAAACAGGCUGUAUCCAAUCCCAGGGAAAAAUAGCUCACACCUAACUUACGGAUACAAUCAGGGGUCAGACCUCUUUAUUCCACCGCUCACGUAUCCCGAAAAUAGAGAUUUUGAACUGUCACACCUCCUUAUCAAACAAGAGUGCUUUAACUCUGGACGAGUGCUAGUCCUCAGCUCAAAUAAUCUGUUCUUCAUUUCUCGCGAGCAAUUUCAGGGCUAUGGGGAUAUCGCAUGCCUCAACCUCUCCAGUAACGGAUUCUCAGCCGCACUCAAUGGAACAGAGUUCUCCUUGCUGCCAAAUCUGACAUACCUAGACCUUUCAUUCAAUAAGAUUGAUCUGGCCUAUAACAACGCCUUCAAAGAACUAAAGCAACUACAAGUGCUGGACCUCAGUAACAAUGACCACUACUUUAAGAAAUUUGGGAUAACGCUUAAUUUAAAUUUCAUUAAAAAUCUGCCGGUUCUCAGGGUGCUGAAUAUGAGUCACAAUUCCAUUUCCAGGUUGACAACAAAAAGGAUGUACAGCAAAUCACUAACAGAACUUCAGUUUUCACAUAAUUUACUCGGGACUCUUUGGAAAGAAGAAUUUGGCAGCUACAAAAUGCUUUUUACUAAUCUUACUAAUUUGACAAUUUUAGAUAUAUCACACAACUGCAUAAAAAAGAUUCCAGAAAAUGUUUAUGAAUAUUUGCCACCUAACCUCACCAUGUUACACGUACAUCACAAUUUUCUGACUGAUUUUAGAUGGGACAAACUGAUGCGUUUCCAUCAGCUACAAAUUUUAGACCUGAGCUUCAAUAACAUAUAUAAUGUGACAGGUAUAAACCUAAACAUCUCUUUGACUUACCUUGACCUGAGUCAUAAUCACAUUUUCCACUUGGAGAACGGGUUUCUGAAGGGCGCCAGGAGCCUCUCGACUCUGAUCCUUAGCAACAACAAACUAACUACAAUCAAUGAAUCCACCUUCCAAUCCAGACCUGAAUCACAGAUUCAGACCUUGUUCUUGCAGGGAAACCCAUUCCAGUGUACCUGUGAUUCAUUAGAUUUCAUUCUGUGGAUUGAAAACAGUGAUGUAAAGAUCCCCAGACUGACCUCCAAGGUAACGUGCGACACACCAGCCAACAUGAAGGGUAAUGCUCUGAUCUACUUUGGCAUUGAUCAGUGUGUAAAUGACAGUGAGGCGUUCAUGAUCUACAUCCUCACAAAUUCCUUUAUUAUUGUUUUCAUGUUUGUGGCAACACUUGCUCACUUAUUUUACUGGGAUGCUUCCUACGUGCUUCACUAUAUGAAAGCCAAGCUGAAAGGAUACAAAUCCUUGAACUCACCAGACAGUGUCUACGGUGUCUUCGUGAUGUACGAUACCAGAGAUCCACAUGUCUCUGAGUGGGUGAUGACGAAUCUGCGAGUAAAACUGGAGGAGGAAGGAGAUAUGUAUCUUCCUCUGUGUCUGGAGGAGAGGGAUUGGGCUCUUGGAGCCCCACUGGUGGAAAACCUCUCCCAGAGCAUCCGGUACAGUAGCAAGACCCUGUUCGUCUUAACCGAGGCCUAUGUUAAGACCGGGGUGUUCAAGCUGGCGAUGUGUCUGGCCCACCAACGACUGCUUGAUGAAAACAAGGACGUCAUCGUCCUGCUGAUGCUGGAACCCGUCCUGCAGAACUCUCACUUCCUGCGCCUGAGGAAGAGGAUGUGCAGGAAAAGUGUCUUGGAGUGGCCGAAAACACCUGCCGCAGAGCCCUGGUUUUGGACCACUUUGAGGAACGUGGUCAAAGUGGACAACCAGGCGAUAUGCAACAAGACUUAUAAAAAGUACUUCACCGUCAAGUGAACCAAUGACCCUCGAUGGGUUCAGUUCUGACUAAGAUUUUGACCCUGUCUAAAACGCUUGUUCUAUGUUCACUCUGAUGUGGUCCUUUUACAACUUGUAUCACUUUGUCGUGGGCUUAGCUGAAGACAAACAAAGACAUUGAUAAUACUUUUGUUAAUAGUUGUUAGUAGUAAUAAAUAUAUUGUGUGGAAUAGAUUAUGUGAAAUAAAUUGAUUUCAUUUAAAGCUUG